AUGCCUAGUACUACUCUUCUCAAAGCUGCCGGAUAUGGCUCGUUCCUCGUGGCCAUCAAACAUGCGGUUAGUUUCGAGUUACUGGAAAACAAUUCCAGCGACUGCAUCAGUUUCAGGAACUACCAAACAUUGCGUAUACAUACAGCACGGUUGGUUGGUACCAAGGAAGUCAUCAUUGCUUGGUCUAGCUCUGCUUGGUAUCUUCGCAGAGGAAUCAGAACGAGCGGGCUUCUUACAGCCAUGGCUGGUAUACUACAAGCCUACGCAACACUACACUGA